UAAUAAUCAUCAAUAUUUCCAUGGAUGCCAAAAAGCGCGACUUUGUCAUUUCCGCUGUUGCUUCAAGGCUUUGACGCUCGCUCAGGGACAUUUAAACAGGCACGUCGCCUGCAAACAUUCAGUUUUAAUACUAAUUUUACAGAGAUAGCAAAAAUGAAGUACGUGCUGGUUACUGGAGGAGUUGUAAGCGGACUGGGCAAGGGCGUCACUGCCAGCAGCAUAGGCGUCGUCCUCAAAGACUGUGGCCUCCGUGUUACUUCUAUCAAAAUUGAUCCUUAUCUGAACAUUGAUGCUGGGCCAUUUCUCCUUUUGAACAUGGGGAAGUUUUUGUUCUUGAUGACGGUGGAGAGGUUCUACUAUCUUCCCUCCAUGUUCACAUUAAUUGUGAUUGAAAAUAACCCAGCUGUUUUAUCUUAUCAGUUCGUCCUCGAGAAGGAACGAAGAGGUGAUUAUCUCGGAAAAACUGUUCAGGUUGUUCCGCUCAUCACGGAUGCUAUUAAGGAUUGGAUUCAGUCAGUUUCUCACAUUCCUGUGGACGGAAAAGUGGGUCCUGCGAUUUCUGUGAAAUAG